AUGAAACUCGUAUCAGCUCUUACCUGCGCUCUUCUGGCAACUGUCGCCCAGGCCAAUUACCGAUGCAGGUGCACACCAGCUGGACGAGUAAACAAUAUUUCUGACGAUUGCUGCCGGAGCCGGAUUACUUUGUCUGAUGGCACGCGUGUUACGGGAAAUGUUGAGUCGGGAGGUUUCUGCGCUUACUAUACGUCUGGGUGGUCGACCGCAGAGUUUUCCAACUCGUAUGCCAAUUGCUGCAGAGCUAGUAGCGGUAACCCUGCGACGAGUGAUGGCGCGCAGUGUAAUACGUUCUAA